UUAUUUUUUAAUUGAUUGAACGGCGAACAUUGUAGAACUUAUCCAAUGAAGAAUUAUCAAUAUGUGAGAACGAGAGUUCGGUGUCACAUGCAUUUUAACCUCAUAAGUGUUUUUUCCAAUUUGUAGUUUUCGUUGUUUGUUAUUUGUACCGAUACAGUUCUUUUAUGUGGUUGAGUUGUCUUGAAUUCUAAUUUAAUUUUGUACAGAACAUAAUUUUCUUUUUUAAACACACCCAAGAAAAGUUUCAGCUCGCUUUCGCCUAAAAUGUCUCCGUCCGUUAUAAGGAAAUUAUGCUAGAUAUUCUUGCCAUUUUUCCCUUCCCACUAUUUUAAUUCAUAUAACGAAUUUCAUAAUAAUGGAUAUGGAAGAAGUAAUUCAAAGACAUAGAAAAGAAAAAAAAGAUCUUCAGAGUAAAAUUCAAGCACUUAAGAAAACAGCAGUCAAAGGUGAUAAAAAGAAGAAGAAAGAAGUACAAGACGAAAUAUUGAAGCUGGAAAACGAUUUAGACAAAAAGCAUAAUGAAGAAUUGUCCCAGAUGACAAAUGGGCCAAAUCCUGUUGAAGAAGUGGCAAAUGUUUCAACAGUAACUGAAAAGUUAACCAAUCUAACCACCGAACCGCCGAACCAGGAGGAUGGUCUCGAUGAAGUUCCUGGUCUGAAGCAACACAGGAUAUCGAAAGCCCAAAAACGAAGGGACAAGAAAAUGACUCAAAGCAAAGAGCGAGAGUUGAGAAUAAUCGAACAGGAAGCCGAGGCUUUGUAUGGAGGGAGGAAUGUUGAAACUGAAACGAUAAAGAAAAUACUUAAAGAAAGGGGAUUGCAGAUACAUGAAAUUCCCUCUGAUGGAAACUGCCUUUAUUGUGCUGUGGAUCAUCAAUUAAAAACACAUAGAGGUGCGAAUCUUGGUGUUGAACAUCUGAGGAAGAAGACAAGCACUAUACUACGACAAAACUACAAAGAGUACCUUCCAUUUCUCUCGCAUCCCGAUACUGGUGAAAUGUUCACUGAAAGCCAGUUUUAUGAUUAUUGCGAUCAAGUUAUGGAAACUGAAGUCUGGGGCGGACAUAUUGAAUUAAGAGCUCUUUCUGAGGCUUUACAGUGCUGUAUUGAAGUCAUUCAGUCCGAGGGUCCAUCGAUUAUAAUAGGAGAGCAUUAUAAUAAAAAUGGAGAGCAUAAUUUAAUCCUGACUUAUCAUAGAAAAAUGUAUAGCUUAGGAGAGCAUUAUAACUCUGUUGAGGAAUACGUUGAAGAAGUACCAGAAUUUUAGCUUCAAGUGCACAGAAUUGAAAGUCAGCAAUUAUGCUUAAAGUCAAAAGAUAAUUUCCAAAUUUUUGUUCAUAUUUAGAAAUUUUUUCUUUUUUUGUUGUUUAAAAACGCUUGUUAUUUCUGAUGGGAGGGCAGUACUUAACGCUAAUCACUUCUCAAUACACCUCCAAAGGUAUCAGAUGUUCUAAGGAAAUAUUUUAUUUCUAGUCAGGUGAGGUUUGCCCAGAAGGUUGAUUUCUUUUUAUAGACAUUAUUGUUAAAUUCUUUAAAAUAAUAACACUUACUAGAUUAAAAACAAAAAUGAUCA